AUGUCGACCGUUACCAGGACCCUCGGCAAUCUGCGCAAGAUUGGCCUGAAGGACUUCUGGCAUCAACUCAACUACAUUGGCGACACCAAAGCCGGCACUCUGAUCGGCACCGACAGGUUCGGCAACAAGUACUACGAGAACAUGCAGGACGAGCUGCCCCUCCGCACACGAUGGGUUGAUUUCGCUAAGCACGACUACGAUGCCGCCCACAGCGAACCCCUUUGGCACGCAUGGCUCGCGUACGUGAACGACGUCCCGCCGAACCAGGACCCCCUCCGCGCGGCGGCCGACCGGCCGUGGGCGCCCAAGGAACAUGUACCCAACCGGACGGCUACGCGUGGGGCAUUUAAGACUUAUAGCACGACGCAGCCUAAGAUCAAGGCGUGGGAGCCGUUUGCCGCGCCGAGGUGA